AGCUUUAACCUUGACCUUGUUGAAAACAUACGAAUUCGGAACUGUGAAGCAAGAACCUAAUAUAAUGGCAUCUAACAUAACAUCAGAUAGUUCUGAUAAGAAAAAAGAAAUUGAAGCUUUAGAAGCAGAGUUGGGCUACAUUUCGCAAGCACCUUCACAGUUUCACGCGCAAGAGACUUUCAAGGAAAAAUUUCAGAGAAAAUUCAAAGAAAAUCCUCUUGUACCACUUGGGUUGCUGGCAACUACAAUUGUAUUGGGUAGGGGAAUUUGGACCAUGAAAACUGGCGAUAAAGUCAAAUCCCAAAAGAUGAUGCGAAUGCGUGUAUUAGCCCAAGGUUUAACCGUUGUUGCUCUAAUAGGAGGAGUUGCUUUUAGCGCAUUCAAGAAACGUGCAGUCAGUGAGGAAAAAUAA